AUGGCCAUGUUGGCCCAACCUCUAUCGCCGCGGCAAUGCCCCGGCUUUUUCGAACUACCACACAAGAAAUGGAGACGCCGCCGAAUAAAUAGCCAUAUUUUGCAGCAAGAAGAGCGCGAUAGAGCCGCCCGCGAGCUGGAGAUGGAAUCCAGAGCCCGCGCCUGCAACUACCUCUCCACCUUCCUCCACAGCUCUCCUUGGACCGACCAGCUCGACCAAAUCACCAUCGUUUGGGACUCCGUCCCCUCCAUGGAGGAACUUGACUCUUAUGGCGAGCUCGACGAAAAAGAAGGCACUCGCAACUGCCGCCGUCUCUUCAAGGCUGUUGUAGUAUGGGACGAAGUCGGCCAUCUGCUCUGGCAGACUCUCAAGGCUGCCGCCCAACAAAGGCAACCUCUAGAUGGCGCAGUACCCAUCACGAUUGAGCAAACUUCGAUCGACGCUACCGAUAUCUGGUGGCAUGUGCCCCUCGACCACUCUUUUCGCCGUGGCUCUCAAGAAACCUCUCACUCCAGUCUCGCCUCACGCGGCUCUGUCACCGCCAGCCCAUUCUCCUUCGACCGCGAUUACACCGCAUUCUCUUCACUCAGCAGCUCACCUUGCGACAAAAGCUUCAUGACUGCUACAAGCCAGACUCGCAAGCGCAACGACUCUCUUUCGGCCACGAUCCCCCGCGUCAUCUCACAAAGCUGCGUCUCGGCUGUCAAGAAGACCUUUGGUGCCUUCUAUGAGAAGUCGCCCGCACAACUACGCGGCUCUACAUGA